CGGCCCGCCAAGAUGGCGGCGGCCAUGGCGGCCCCGGGCCGGGUGCGCACCCGGGACGUGCUGCUGCCCGGCGGCCCCGCCGACUUCGGCUCGCUCCUGCUCUCGCCGCCGGUGCUGGCGGGGCUGGAGGCCGCCGGCUUCCACCGGCCGUCUCCGGUGCAGCUGAAGGCCAUCCCGCUGGGGCGCUGCGGGCUGGAUCUCAUCGUGCAGGCCAAGUCUGGCACCGGCAAGACCUGCGUGUUCGCCACCAUCGCCCUGGACGCGGUGCUGCUGGACAGCCCCGCCACGCAGAUCCUGAUCCUGGCUCCCACCAGGGAGAUCGCCGUGCAGAUCCACGCCGUGAUCACCACCAUCGGCACGCAAAUGGAAGGCUUGCAGUGCCACGUGUUCAUCGGGGGGACGCCGCUGAGCCAGGACAGGAGCAGGCUGAGGAAGUGCCACAUCGCCGUGGGCUCCCCAGGGCGGAUCAAGCAGCUGAUCGAGCUGCAGUACCUGAGCACGGCCAGCGUCAGGCUCCUGGUGCUGGACGAGGCUGACAAGCUGCUGGAGGAGGGCAGCUUCCAGGAGCAGGUCAACUGGAUCUACUCCUCCCUGCCUGUCAACAAGCAGAUGCUGGCAGUGUCAGCCACCUACCCCGAGUCCCUGGCUGCUGCUCUCACCAGGUACAUGAGGGAGCCCACCUUCGUGAGGCUGAACCCCACGGACCCCGGCCUCCUCGGGCUGAAGCAGUACUACAAAAUUGUGAAUUCCCAUCCCCUCCCACAUAAAACCUUUGAGGAGAAAACCCAGCACAUGCAGGAGCUGUUCAGCAAGAUUCCUUUCAACCAGGCCUUGGUGUUCUCCAAUCUGCACAGCAGGGCUCAACGUCUGGCUGAAAUCCUGACAUCCAGAGGCUUCCCUGCUGAGUGCAUUGCAGGCAACAUGAAUCAGAGCCAGCGCCUUGAUGCCAUGGCUAAAUUAAAGCAAUUCCACUGCAGAGUUCUGAUUUCCACAGACUUGACAUCUCGUGGAAUUGAUGCUGAGAAGGUGAACCUGGUCAUCAACCUGGACGUGCCCCUGGACUGGGAGACCUACAUGCACCGCAUCGGCCGCGCGGGGCGCUUCGGCACCCUGGGGCUGGCUGUGACCUACUGCUGCCGUGGGGAGGAGGAGAACACCAUGAUGAAAAUUGCUCACAAGUGCAACCUGCAGCUCCUUCCUCUGCCAGAGCCAAUCCCCCCUGGAGUGAUGGAGCAGUUUGAGGAAGGGCAGGUGGAAGUUAAACCUGCAAUACCCACGGCUCCUGUGGUGAACUCUGACACUGUGAGUCCUGAACCAGAGCAGCCAGUGCUGCAGCCUGUCCAGAAUGGCUUUCCAGACAUUCCUCAGCCUCCCUCUAAUCUUCCAAGGGAUAAUUCUUCUGUAGAAAGGCCAAAAAAGACUCCGAAGCAAAAACAGAUUAAAAAGUGCACAAAUCCUUCAAAUGUACAGAAAAAUAGAACCCCCCAAACUUCCAGCUCUCUCAUAGAACAGAGGAACCAAGCCAAACCCAUCUCCAGGAUGGAUGGACACAGCACUCAGGCUCCAGACAAGGAGGCCUUAAAAAAGAACCUUCCCAAAAUUCCAUGCUUGUCUUCUUUCAAAACCCAACUCACCAGUCCCUGGAGCUUCUCAGAUUUUGUUGAAGAUUAUGAAUAUUUCAUUAAAGAGGGGUCAGAGAGAGAGGUGGAGAUUUUAAGGAGUUACUCAGGCCCAGGAGAGCAGCGUGAGCUGCCCAGAAAUGGGGAUGUGGAGUGGGAGGAGAUGGAACAUCACCCAGAGGCAGCAGCAGGCGGGGCUGACAGCGACGGCUCGGAGAGCUCCAGGGGUUCCUUCCACAGCAGGGCCAGUCACUCGUGCUCUGAGGCCUUUUCAGACACACAGGAGCCAAGCCCUGUGCCCCCAGCAGGGUUCUGUGCCACACCUGAGGCUCCUCGGGAGCCACCCCACAGCCCGAGGCAAAAGGAAGCGAGGAAGAAAGUCCCGAAACAAAAUGCUAAGCACAAGAAAAGCCACAAGCAGCAGUGCUGCAGUCCUGCCAGGAGCAGAGCUGAGGAGGAGGGCAGCUGCAGCUCCUGGGGUGGGGCUGCCCACGAGGGCUGCAGCUCUGGGCACUGCUGGAGGUGUUACUGCCAGGCCUGGCAGAGCUACUACACAGCAGUGGCCGAGUUCAGCAGGAGUUACUGGCACCUCAGCUGCAGCACUGCCCACCACAUGCACUCAGUCUAUCUCCAGGAGCUGCUCAGGGAUGAGGAUUGAUGUCCUGAUGCUGGCUGGGAGCAGGGCUGGGCAGGCCUGGGACAGCAGGGCUGCUCCAAAGGACACUGACAAGAGAUGGGUGUUGUUCAGAUGGAGAAAAAUGGUGUCUGUAUAGGCAGCUGUGUCUGGGGAAUGCUUUACACAGGUCCACUGAGGAUGUUACAGUUUGUUAAAUAAAAGGAAAAGAAAGACA